UGAACUUGCGCCGAAGUCCAAUAACGUUCAUUAAAUAAAACGCUCGCUAAACUAUGCAGUGCCCGUUCCUGAAUCGUUUUAGUGCAAAUUAUCUACGCAAUUAUGCCGAGAUAUUGUACCAAUCGUAUGGAGUGUUCUGUCCAGUUAUCAGCAAAUCCAAUAAGACAACCCAAAAACAACUUUCUCUUUUAACACCAAUUCCAAAUUCUGUGAAGUCCGCAAGGUCAUAUUCUUCGAAAAGCUAUUCGGUUGGUGCUAGCUCGGCACUAAAUGAUGUAAGACGUGGCCGUGGGAACGAAAUUGGCACAGCUGCAGAAAAUUCAACUUUCCAAUACGAGAAGUUUUUCAAUGAGCAAAUAUUAAAAAAGAAAAGAGAUCAUUCAUAUCGUGUUUUUAAACGUGUGAAUCGCUUAGCUGGUGAUGGCCUCUUUCCUCACGCCCUCGAUUACUCCUCGCAGUCUGAGAAACCCAUUACCGUUUGGUGUUCCAAUGACUACCUGGGAAUGUCGGCGCAUCCCAAGGUGAAGCAUGCUGUCAAGGAGGCAUUGGAAAGGCAUGGAUCUGGUGCUGGGGGAACACGUAAUAUAUCGGGAAACUCAUUGCAUCACGAGCGACUUGAAAGGAAGCUUGCUGAUCUCCAUCAAAAGGAGGCGGCGCUGCUCUUUACCUCUUGCUUUGUGGCCAACGACUCAACCUUAUUUACGCUUGCGAAAUUACUGCCGAAUUGCCACAUAUUCUCGGACUCUGGUAACCAUGCUUCUAUGAUUAUGGGCAUACGAAAUAGUGGCGUACCCAAGCACAUCUUUCGUCAUAAUGACGUCAAUCACUUGCGCCAAUUGCUGCAACAAGUGGACAAGGCGACUCCGAAAAUCGUUGCAUUCGAGACCGUGCAUUCCAUGACUGGUGCAAUAUGCCCAUUAGAAGAGUUGCUCGAUGUUGCGCAUGAAUACGGAGCUAUUACCUUUAUUGACGAAGUCCAUGCGGUUGGCCUAUACGGCGACCAUGGCGCUGGCGUCGGGGAACGUGAUGGCGUGCUCUCUAAAAUGGACAUUAUAUCGGGUACCCUAGGCAAGGCAUACGGCAACAUUGGUGGAUAUAUAGCCAGCACUGAUGCACUGGUUGACAUGGUGCGAUCUUAUGCUGCUGGCUUCAUAUUCACUACUUCAUUGCCGCCAACUGUUCUCUGUGGUGCACUUGAAGCUGUUACCAUACUGGCCUCGGAGGAAGGUCGACAACUGCGAAGUAUCCAUCAACGAAAUGUUUCGUACUUGAAGAAUCUGCUCAAACGAGAAGGUUUUCCUGUUGAAGAUACGCCAAGUCACAUUAUUCCAAUAAAAAUUGGAGAUCCCCUUAUAUGCAGUCAAAUCUCAAAUAUGCUUAUGGACCAGUACGGACACUAUAUGCAAUCAAUAAAUUAUCCAACAGUUGCUCGCGGUGAGGAAAAACUUCGUUUGGCGCCAACACCUUUCCAUACUUUCGAAAUGAUGAACGCUCUAGUUUUGGACUUAAAGAAGGUGUGGGAUACGCUCAAGCUCUCUACAAAUGUGCCGCUAACGCCCAACGGAUGCAUGUUUUGCAGCAGCGAUAGCUGUUUCCAUCACGAGAACUGUCCAGAUCUUGAGUGUGGCAUUCCCAACUGCCCGCGCUUAGAAUUAUCGGUCGCAGCUUAAAAGCAUUUUAAGCUGUUUUACCAUUUUGCUGGAUUUUUGUGCAUUAUUAACAAUAAAUAAUGGUUACGGUAUUA